UUUCUCCUUCACACUUCAAACGUCCUGCCUGAUUCGACAUUCCUCUUAUUCAGUCGAUCAGUCACCACCACCUCAUCACACGCUGCAAACAACGAGCACCAUCUCACCGCCAGCAUGUCGAAACGAAGCGGCGUGCCCAAUGGCGUGGAGAAGUCUGCCAAAGAGGCCACCCAAGAGCCCACUCCCGAUAAGCAGUCUCGUCUCAUCAACGACCCGAACCCAGGCCACUUCAGCCUGGUCCGCGCCUACCACCUCGCGGAUUUCAUCACUCUCAUGAACGGCUUCUGCGGUAUCAUGUCCAUCAUGUCCUCCAUGCGCUACUGCUUGACUCCGAGCCAUACACAGCACCUGUGGGCCGCUCUCGCUCUGAUGCCAUUUGGCUUGUUCUUUGACUUCUUCGAUGGCAAGGUAGCGAGGUGGAGGAAAAAGAGCAGCUUGAUGGGACAGGAGCUUGACUCCUUGGCAGAUCUGAUCUCAUUCGGCGUGGCACCCGCAAUGUGUGCUUUCUCCCUUGGCAUGCGCACCGGUCUCGAUCAGCUCCUCCUGACUUGCUUUGUCCUCUCUGGUCUUGCAAGACUCGCACGAUUCAACGUCACGACCGGGAACGUUCCGAAAGAUGCCACUGGCAAGGCCAAAUACUUCGAGGGUCUCCCAAUCCCCACAAGCCUGUCGAUUGCUGGUCUGAUGGCUUUCUGGGCGUCAAAGGGCUGGGUCCAGGACAACAUUCCUUACGGAACGAUCGCCAAGGGCACAAUCUUCGAGAUGCAUCCGAUUGUGGGUCUGUUCUUGAUUCACGGAUGCUGCAUGGUGUCCAAGAGUCUUCACAUCCCGAAGCCGUAG